AUGGGUUGCUGUACACAAAAAUGUCAGCAAAUAUCAACAUUUACCAUAGCUGCCAUCCUAUUGGGUGUUGGUAUAUCUAUGGCAAUAUUAUGGAAUAAUAUAUUUAUAAAUAUAAGAAAUAAGCAAUUAUCAGUGGCUCAUGAUACACAAGGCUUUAAAAUGUGGAAAGAAACUCCCAUUCCAAUGUAUAUGGAGUUUUACUUAUUCAACUGGACAAAUGCUAAUGAAUUUAUGAAUAAUAAAUGGCCUACAAAGCCCAAUUUUCAAGAAUGCGGCCCCUAUACAUACUCAGAACACCACAUAAGGGAACAGCUGACUUUUAACGAGAAUGAUACUAUUACUUAUAAAACAAGAAAGAUUUGGAAAUUUUUGCCUGAAAAAUCCAAAGGGAAGCUGGAUGAUAAAAUCACCACAAUCAAUACUAUUUUAGCUUCAGUGGCGGAUACGGUAAAAGACAAAAACAUCAUAGUCCAAGAAGGUAUUAAUUUUUUCAUUAAGGAAAAAUCCGAGCCUUUUAUUUUGACAAGGACAGCAGAAGAAUUUUUAUUUAAAGGAUAUGAUGAUCCUUUCAUUGAGUUAGCCCAUAAACUACACAUCAAAGGGUUGGAUAUCCCCUUUGACAAAUUUGGAUGGUUCUAUGAUAGAAACAAUAGUGUGGAUUAUGAUGGUGUUUUAAACAUGUACAGUGGCGUGGAGGACAUAAAUAAGUUGGGUAGGAUGCACAGUUGGAACUAUAAAAGUCAAUUGGACUAUUAUCCGGGUGAAUGCGGAAGAGUACGCGGUACCAGUGGUGAAUUAUGGUACCCACCUCUUGAUAACGAAGUUUUAGAAGUUUUCUCACCUGAUAUCUGCGGUACGGUUAAAAUUCGAAAAAAUGGUACCAUCCUGCAUUAUGGCAUCAAGGGUAACAAAUAUGUGGCAGCACCGGAAAUUUUCGACUAUACUGAGCCACAAAACCAGUGUUACCUGCCAAAAGGGGUUCAUUUGGAUAAUGGUGUUAGAAGUGUGCAAAAAUGCAAGUUUAACGCGCCAGCCUACGUCUCUUUCCCGCAUUUUUACUCAGCCGACCCUUCGUACUAUGCGGGUAUAACCGGUAUGAAACCGGACCCUGCGGAACACCACUUCUAUUUAGCACUUGAACCCAUAACAGGGCUUCCCUUGAAAGUCCACGCUGCGCUGCAAGUCAACAUUCUACUGCAAAACGUCAAAGGGAUUGAUGUUUUGAAAAACGUCAAAAGUACAUAUUUCCCGAUGUUGUGGUUCAAACAAACAGCUGAAUUGACUGAAGAGUUAUCAUCCCUUGGUAAAUUGUUGCUUAUCAUGCCUUCAGCUGGUACUUACACUGCAUAUGGUAUGAUAGCUUUUGGAGCGUUGUUAUUAACCAUAGGUUUUUAUUUGAUGUUCAAAAAAGGCUGGAAGACAAUCCACGAUGAAGAACAACUGUUGAAUCAGCAGCAAACCUUUAACUAG